UUUGAAUUUCACACACACUCAUCAAACAUUAAUUCAUUAAAACUCAAACACAUACAAACUCUCUCUUUCUCUCUCUCUUCUCUCUAAUGGAGUUUCUUACUUUACUUUUUAUUUUUACAACAAUGCACCUGUGUUUCCUGAUCUGGAAAAAAUUUGAUCAGAGAAGGGACCAAGAGUGUUACAUAUUAAACUAUCAAUGUUACAAGCCAAGUGAUGAAAGAAAACUUGGAAGUGUACAAUGUGGCAAGAUUAUAGGAAACAAUGAGAGUAUUGGUCUUGAUGAGUGCAAGUUCUUCCUCAAAGCUGUUGUCAACUCAGGCAUUGGUGAGGAAACUUAUGCUCCAAGAAACUUCAUCGAAGGCCGAACUGUGAACCCUACGUUGGAAGACGGAGUGGAGGAGAUGGAAGAGUUUUGUAAUGAUAGCAUUACAAAGCUUCUAAAUAAAUCAGGCAUUUCACCUUCGGAGAUCGAUAUUCUUGUGGUAAAUGUAUCUUUAUUCUCUUCUGUUCCUUCUUUAACUUCAAGAAUCAUUAACCAUUACAAAAUGAGAGAGGAUAUAAAAGCUUAUAACCUAUCUGGUAUGGGUUGUAGUGCUAGUCUAAUCUCAUUAGACGUUAUUCAAAACAUUUUCAAGUCAGAAAAGAACAAGUAUGCUCUUUUGUUAACAUCAGAGUCUCUUAGUACAAAUUGGUAUUCAGGAAUCAAUAGGUCAAUGAUUCUUGCAAAUUGUCUUUUCCGUACCGGCGGUUGUGCAAUUCUUCUCACAAAUAAAAGAUCCUUAAAACACAAAGCUAUACUGAAGUUGAAGUGUUUAGUUAGAACUCAUCAUGGUGCUAGGGAUGAUGCUCAUAACUGUUGUAGUCAAAAAGAAGAUGAACAAGGUAAACUUGGUUUUUACCUAGCUAAAGAUCUUCCAAAAGCAGCUACAAGAGCUUUUACAGAUAAUUUAAGGGUGUUAUCACCUAAAAUUUUACCAGCUAGGGAAUUACUUAGGUAUAUGUUAAUGUCACUCAUAAAAAAAGUGAUAAAAUAUUUUGCUCCUAAGUCAGCAGCAAGAUGGUUUGGAACAAGUAGCAAAUCACCAGUGAAUUUCAAAACUGGUGUUGAUCAUUUUGUGCUCCACACUGGAGGAAAAGCAGUGAUAGAUGGAAUUGGGAUGAGUUUAGAUCUGAAUGAUUAUGACCUAGAACCAGCAAGAAUGUCAUUACAUAGAUUUGGUAACACAUCAGCAAGUAGUUUGUGGUAUGUGUUGGGGUAUAUGGAAGCUAAGAAGAGGUUGAAAAAAGGUGAGAGAGUAUUGAUGAUAAGUUUAGGUGCUGGCUUUAAAUGCAACAGUUGUUAUUGGGAAGUAAUGAGAGAUGUUGUUGUUGGUGAUGAUAGAAAUAAUGUGUGGGACGAUUGCAUUGAUUACUAUCCACCACACUCUUUGGCCAACCCAUUCAUGGAGAAGUACGGUUGGAUUAACAAUAUUCAAGAUCCAAGCACUUUCAAACUCAAACUUGCUGAGUUUCUUCUCACUCUUAAGUGAGAUUCAUUAUAUUCAUAUCAAUCAAUUAUUAUAAGAUUUCCUACAUCGGAGAAAAUCUUAUUGAUACAUGUGAGACACUAAAUGUGGAUACAUUUUUAAAUUGAAAUUCAAACUUUUGUGCGCUAAAUUAUGGAAAUCUAGCAUUUUCUACGAAACCCAACCUGUUGGUGUAUUCGAUUAAAUAUUAGCAUAUAGGAUUAUGUUAAUAUUUUUUCUAUUUUGAGGAAGAAAAAAAGUUGUAACAUAAAGUAUUGUUCUUGUUUUACUAAAUACAUGUAAUUUUCAUUCUUUUUAAAAAAAAGUAUAUUUCAUUCUUCAUGAGUAGAAAGGAUAUAUGUUGAGUUUUGAUGGGGCUGUGUGUGUGCAUGUAUACUUUCUUUUUCUAUGUAUAUGUAAUUUUUAAUAUUAUUCCAAAGAAAUAAAAGUAUAUGCAAUUUCCAAUAGAAAAGUUUAUAAGGGAAGAAGACCCUACUUCACUUCAA